AUGGCAGAUAUGUCAAUACCAUUACAUUCAUUACGAUUCAACAAUAUGAUGAGGGAGGAAAGUGGUGACCCCCAAAACAGGGGAGCAGCUUUCUCUAGACCAAUGGCAGAGACCAGAGCAGAGGUUCAGCUCCUGCAUUCUCAAUUGCAGUUGCCUAUCGUCUCAACUUCAGCCUCCGAUCCUGGAGGGACAUCUACACAGCUGAUGACAUCCCCAGCUUUUGACAGUCUGUCCACCACACCUGUCAUGGGAGCACCACACUCUGGGACACUGUCCCCACAGGUGAUGUCAGCCUCAGACUCCGGGACACUGUCUCCACUGCUAAUGACAGCCUCAGAUUCGGGAACACUGUCCCCACUUCUAAUGCCAGUCUCAGACUCUGGGGCGCUGUCCCCACUGCUAAUGCCGGCCUCAGAUUCUGGGACACUGUCCCCAUUGUUGUCUACUUCAGACUAUGGGUUAAUGUCUCCAGGGAUGAUGUCAAUUCCUGACUUUGGGACAAUGUCUGCAGCACUAAUGGCAGCACCAGAUUCUGCAGAGAUCUCACCACUGGCGAUGCCGGUUCCGUCGUCUGGAAUGAUAUCCGCGCCUGUAAUGAGUACUUCAUCCUCUGAGGCAUCAUUAAUGCUAGGAUCAGAUCCUGGUGAAAUAUCCCCACUCCUGAUUCCAGACAUGAACCCUGGAGUGGCAUCCACACCACCAAUGACAGCUCCAGGCUCUGAAGCAAUGUCCCCAUUGCAAAUUACAGAUGAGGACACCGAAGCAAUGUCCAAAGUGCUAAUGACUGCUCUAGCUUCUGGAGAGAUAUCAUCACUGCUAAUGUCAGGCACAGACUCUGAAGUGAUAUCCUCUCUGAUAAUGUCAGCCCUAGCUUCUGGAGAGACAUCAACUCAGCCAACAGACCCUCAAGACUCCGAAGGCAUUCCCACUGUGCUCAUGUCAGGCUCAGACUCUGGAGUCAUGUCUUCACUGCCUAUGCCAGUUUCUGGCCCUGGAGCAAUGUCCACACCACUGCUGUCAAUCCCAGAUACUGGCGAAAUAGCCACAUUACCAAAGGCGGCCCCAGAUGCCGAGGCAAUGUCCCCACUGCUAAUGCCUGCCCUCACCUCCACAGUGAUGCCCACUCAACUGAUGUCAGCAUCUGCUUCUGGAGUGAUGUCCCCAGAUAUAACACAAAAUAUCAACUCUGAGAUCAUGUCUGCUCCACCAAUAGGAGUCCCAGCCACUGAAUUGAUGUCCACAUUUUCUGCGAGAGCUUCUGAUACAGGAGCAAUGCCCAUCCAGCUAAUGAGAGUCCCUGCCUCAGGAAAUAUGUCCACAUCACAAAAGACAGUUCCAGGCUCUGGAUUAAUGUCCACUCCACUGAUGGCUGUCACAAGCCCUGGAGCAAUGUUCACAGAACAAAUGCCAACCACAGCCUCUGGUAUGAUGUCUACACAUUUUACAAUGGCCAAAACACCUGGAGCAAUGCCCACAGGCUUUAUGAAGACCACAGCAAAUGGAGCAGUUUCUGCACAGCGAAUAAGAGGUUCAGCUUCUGGUGUGAUGUCUACCCAGCCAGUUAUAGCUACAGCCUCUGAAAUAAUGUCUGUGUCACAAUCAACAGUUCCAACCUGUGGGUCAAUGUCCACACAGAAAAUUCGAGCUCCUGUCACUGGACCAAUGUCCACAUCGCAAAUAAGAACCACAGCCUCAGGACUGACAUCUAUACCACAAAUGAGAGCUACAGCCUCUGGAGCAAUGUCUACCCCACUAAUGACAGCCAAAACCUCUGGAUCAACAUCCACGCUGUUAAUGAGAGACACAGCCUCAGGAGUAAUAUCCACGCCACAGAUGAGAGCUCCAGGCUCUGGAGCAUUGUCCAAGCCACUAAUGACAUCCAAAGCUUCUGGAAUGUUCAUGCAGCAAAUGACAACUGCAGCUUCUGGAGCAAUGCCCACAUCACUAAUGAAAGACACAGCUUCUGGAGUUCUGUCCAUGCCACAGAUGACAGAUCCAGCCUCAGGAGGCAUGUCCACACCACUAACAAGAGCUACAGCUUCUGGAGCAAUGUCUAUAUCACAGAUAACAACCACCACCUCUGGAGGCAUGUCCAUGCCUCUAACAAGAGUCCCAGGUCUUGGAGCAACAUCUGUAUCACUAACGAGAGCCACAGCCUCUGAGAAGAUGCCUAGUCAGCCGAUAAACAUUCAAGACUCUGGAGAGGUGUCCACACCACUCAUGCGACCCAUUGCUUUGGGAGGGAUGCAGAUGAGAUCCCAGGACUCUGGAACAAUGUCUACACCCCUGAUGAGAGCCUCAGACUCAUCAGAGAUGUCUACACUGCUGUCAAAAGCCUCAUCCUGUGGAGAGAGCCCUCUGCUACUAAUGAGACCUCCAGCUUCUGGAGAGGUAGCUCCAUCUCCAAGAGCCCCGCUUUAUGCUCCACACAUGACAGCUACAGCCUCAAGCAUGAUGUCCAUGACACCUAUGAAGGUUUCAGUCCCUGUAUCAGAGUCCACACCACUCCCGAGACCCACAGAUUCUGGAGUGAUGUCUGUGCCACUGAUGAGAACCCCAGCUUCUAGAGCAAAGUCCAUACCUCAAAUGAUGGCCACAGCUUGUGGAGACAUGUGCCCACUCCCAGUUCGAGCUCCAGCCACUGCAGGGAUAUCUCCACUACCAGUCAGAGCACCAGCCUCUUCGACCAUAUCUACAACACUUAGGAGACCCUCUGUUGGAGCUGUGGCCACAGAGUUAGAGAGAGCUCCAGGCCCUGGAAUUAUGUCCACUACACAAUUGGCAACUAUGACAUCUGGAGAGAUGUCCAAGUCACUAAUGAGGGCUUCAGCCUCUGGACCCAUGCCCAUGCCUUUGAUGUCACCCAUGACUUCUGGAGAGAUGUCUAUGCCACAAAUGAAAACCAUGCCUUCUGGGACAAUGUCAACUCUACAAACCAAAGCUGUGAGCUCUAGAGCUACAUCCCUGCCACAGCCAACAAAUAUAGCUUCUGGGGGAAUGGCUAACCCCCCACUGAGAACCCCAGCCUCUGGAGCAGUAUCUACACCUCUUAUGAGAGCCUCAGCUUCAGGAAUGAUGUCCAUGCCACCACUGAGGGCCACAGCCUCAGGAGGGAUAACAAUGCCACAAAUGACAGCUCUGACCUCUGGAGAGAUGUCUACACCACUAAUGAGGACCCCAGCACCUGGAACAACGGCCACACCACAAACAGCCUUUGGAAUGACACCCACUCUGAAUAUCAAAGCCACAGACCCGGGAGAGGCAUCAACUUCUCACUUCAGAGUUACAGCCCCUGGAUCAAAGAGCACACCACAUGUGACUGGCACAAAUCCUGAAAUGAAGAAGCCACCACCAAAAGAAGUGCCGUCCUUUGGUAUGCUGACCCCAGCACUCUGUUACCUCUUAGAAGAACAAGAAGCAGCCCGGGGCUCAUCCUCUGUGGAGGAAGAUGCAGAGGAGAUUGAUGAGGAGAAGCAAAUGAAGGGCUUUCUGAAUGAUUCUGAGAAAAUGGCAUUUCUGGUGUCUCUUCAUCUGGGGGCAGCAGAGAGGUGGUCCAUCUUGCAGAUGGAGGUAGGAAACCCCCUCUCCAGUGAAGAUAAAUCUUUCUUGAGAAGAUCACAGGGUUUAUAUGACUCCCUGUCUGAGAUAGACAUCCUAAGUGCUGUUCUUUGCCAUCCCAAGCAGGGCCAGAAGUCAGUCAGGCAGUAUGCCACUGACUUCCUACUGCUGGCCCGACAUUUGUCUUGGUCUGAUGCCAUUCUACGGACAAGGUUUCUGGAAGGACUCUCGGAAGCUGUUACCACCAAAAUGGGUCGUAUCUUCCUGAAGGUGGCCGGCAGCCUAAAAGAGCUGAUAGAUAGGUCUCUGUACACUGAGUGCCAGCUGGCUGAAGAGAAGGAUUCCUCAGGCAACUCAAGCCAAGUUGUGCCAACAGCUUGUAAGCGGAACAAUGAAGAGGCCAUGGAGAACGAACUGGGCUCUCAGCAGCAGACUGAGGAGCACCAACAUGUUCCCAAACGCUGUUACUACUUGAAAGAACAUGGAGACCCCCAAGAGAGUCUUCAUGACCACCUUCGACAGAGUGCACAGAAGGCCUCCACCAACAAGUAG